AAAAUUCUGUCACCUUCGUAUAUAGAUGAUAAUCGAGGAACGUACGUGCUUUGUUUAUCUUCAUUCUUUGUUGUACUCCAAUGUGAAAAGUUUUGUGUAGAAUCCAAGAAUCGUUCGCAAAGCUGAAUUCGUCUCCGCCAGAGAUCACGGAAGCGGCAAAUUCCUCCUCGGGCGGUGAGAACAAGCGCCGCGUCCACUACCAUUACUAUCGCAAGAUGAACUCGAUGCCAAACCAUGCGGACUUCAUGGAGCUGGGCACAAUCCACCAGCACCAGUCGUCCACCUGCAAGCAGCAUUGCUUCGUGUUCACCGAGAUUGCGGACAUCGACCUGCCGCCCGAGAUCACCAAGUACCCGGAGAAGAUCAAGAAUGGGAGCAUUCACUCGUACAAGAAGGACAGCAUGUCGCCACCGCCUCCGAAGGUGCCUAAAAGUUCGAGGCGUUCGAGGAAGAUAAUUGCCGCCGUUUCGGCGCUGUUGAUUUGCAUAGCGUUAGGCGCAGGUAUCCCGUUGGGACUUCAGCUCAGGUCUUCAUCGCUGCUGGAAGCUCGAUUAGCUUUCAUAAGGCGUUUGUUGGCGGAGUCUCCGCUGGUGGAAGGUUAUUGGGCGCCACAGAUGGGCGCCAAUUUUAGCAAGAGCUAUGCCGAGGUCAAGAACAGUAUGGUGGGGGCGUUGCUGUGGCCUAUUUCUGUUCCGUGCGCCGCCCAAUAUCUGGACGCGGUGCAGUUGACGUUGGAAGGUAUCGACGACGCCAGGAGGAUGGUAAAGAAAAACUCGGAUAUGGUGAUUGUGGAAAGUGCCGAUGCGAUGGAACAGGCGCAUACCGACGGGAAGUUGGCUAUUUUGUUUGGGCUGGAGGGAGGUCAUACGUUGGGGUCGAGCUUGGCUGUUCUACGGUCGAUGUAUUCUUUGGGAGCUAGAUUUGUAUCGUUGACUGGGUUAGGCUGUACGACUCCGUGGGCCAGUGCUUCCAUCAGGACGGACUUUUUCGAUGAGAAUCUUCCAUCGACGUUGACAAAUUUUGGAGAGGUCGUUAUUCAGGAAAUGAACCGCCUUGGAAUGCUAGUUGAAAUAUCGCGACUGUCCGAACCGGCUAUGAUGGUGGCUCUGAACGUUGCCAAGGCACCUCUGCUAUUGUCGAAUGCUCUUCCUUCUACGAUGGCGUGUAAUGGAUCUACAGCAGCUGUUCCAGAUCAUAUUAUGAGUGCUCUGUCGCAAAAUGGAGGCGUUAUCAUGUUGAACGUCGAACGAUGCGGCGAUAAACCGAUGACGCUGAAGGAUGCCAUUGCCGCCAUCAACUACGUACGGGCCAUUGCCGGAGUGGGCCACGUGGGCCUAAGUGGCUCACCGAAGAACUACCCGCUGCUGUUGGCCGAGUUGGCCCGGGAUCGACUUUGGGGAACGGCAGCCAUCAAAAAGCUGGUUGGCGGCAAUAUCGUACGAGUGCUGAGAGAGGUUGAAGUCAACAAAAAUCGUCUACCUCUAUCGGAGGACUGGAUUCCAUUGGAAGCGGUCGAAGGAAAUGCCUACUGUCGUUAUCCGGAAACGUAGAUCGAACCGGCGAGCUGUAUUCAACUUUUUAGCAUAAAAUGGUUUUACAUCAAAGUAUUAUAGUCAAAUUCUUCCAACGAAAGGGAAAAAAAUCAGAAUGCAAACGACAUUAGCUUGGUGGAAGUUGUUCAAUGAGAGAGCAUUUAUUUUAAACCUAAGAAAUUUGGCCAACAAAACGCAGUUAUUUGUAGCACAAAAAGAGAGAUACCUAUUUGAAGUGGACACAUGAUCCAAACUAUAGUAGAGAAAUUUGAAUAAAAUAUAAACUUGAUCAUUACACAGAGAAAGAGAGCGCAUAUCAACCAUUCCAACAACAGCAAUUAUUCCGGAUUUCGCACAACAGUCGGCACACACAUUUUGAGGGAAAGGAAAUUGUCCCAAUCCUGUUGGUUCCACCAACUUCAUCACACCACACAUAACAAGUGCUGCUAGACAGACCCUAAGAUAUAGGAUAAGUGUAGUUUAAAAUUGCUUCUGUAGGAAUAACGCAUUUGCCGCUGCUGAGGAGAGUAGCACACAAUAGAGACACCAUCAAACAACCAUUGACGUUAGAGUGAUUCUAUGUGGAAUUCUGUUACAAAACAUACGUAUUUAUGAAUAAACGAUAUCUUAAAUAGA